UCUCAAUCCAUGCACAGCACAAUUGCUCUUGUUUGAGUUGGCUCUAAUCCCCGGUCACUCUCCUCAUUCGUUGUUUGGGCAUUCCUGCCUCGGUUGAGCUUCGUCAAUUCCCAGUUCUUCGCAAUCCCGUCUCUUAUCCGUUCAGUCAUAAACAUUAUGCGACGCUUUACCUCAGCCCGACGGUUACCGCUCCUUCGCCGGUGCUCCGCUGCCAGCAACAGCAGCAUCAGACCCUCCGCCUCUGCUGCUGUUGCUGCGCUCUGCCCCUCCUCCCCCUCCCCCUCCUCCUCUACUUUACCUUCUCUCUCCACUCAUUCUUCCUCUAUCUCUUCUCUCUCUUCUUUCACUUCGGCCUCGUCCUCCUCCCCAUCCCUCACUGCUACACCUCCUUCCGCUCCCGUUAUUCGUCGGUCACCUCUUCGCUCUACUACCCUUCCCAAGCUCCAGAAACGUUAUUGCUCUUGUCGCAGGAUGUGUGGAACACGUCGUGGAGAAGUGUCGGGCUCGACCAACAUCACCCACGGUCGUGAGGUCCUCCCCACCAACGUCAAGCCCCUUCACUAUGACUUGACUCUCGAGCCCAACUUCGAAGCUUUUAGCUAUGACGGCACUGUCGUCAUUGACCUUCAGGUCACCGAAGAUACCAAUUCCAUCUCCCUCAACUCCAACGAGAUUAAGAUCCACAAUGCCGUCGUCUCUGCCCAAGGCUCUGUCGUUGCUUCUCAGCCCGAGGUUUCCAUCAAUCAGGACACCCAGGUGGCUACCGUCAAGUUCUCUGAGACCAUCCCCGCUGGCUCCUCUGCCCAGCUGAAGCUGACCUUCACUGGUGUGCUUAACGAUAAUAUGGCCGGUUUCUACCGCUCCUCCUACAAGACCGCCGAUGGUGAAACCAAGUACAUUGCUACUACGCAGAUGGAACCCACCGAUGCUCGCCGGGCCUUCCCUUGCUUUGACGAGCCAGCACUCAAGGCCAAGUUCACCAUCACUCUGGUCGCGGACAAGAGUAUGACUUGCUUGAGCAACAUGGAUGUUGCUUCUGAGUCCGAGGUCGACGGCGGUAAGAAGGCGGUCAAGUUCAGCACCUCUCCGCUCAUGUCUACCUACCUCGUCGCUUUCAUUGUCGGCCACCUGAACUAUAUUGAGACCAACGCGUUCCGCAUUCCGAUCCGCGUCUAUGCAACCCCUGAUCAGGACAUUGAGCACGGGCGUUUCUCGCUCGAUCUGGCUGCCCGCACCCUGGCCUUCUAUGAGAAGGCGUUCGACAGUGAAUUCCCCCUGCCCAAGAUGGACAUGGUGGCUAUUCCUGACUUCAGCGCUGGCGCUAUGGAGAACUGGGGUCUAAUCACCUACCGUAUUGUUGAUGUUCUGUUGGAUGAGAAGACCAGCGGUGCGGCCCGUAAGGAGCGCAUCGCGGAAACCGUCCAGCACGAGUUAGCUCAUCAGUGGUUCGGGAACUUGGUCACCAUGGACUUCUGGGAUGGUCUCUGGCUCAAUGAGGGCUUUGCUACUUGGAUGUCUUGGUACUCCUGUAACGCCUUCUAUCCCGAAUGGAAGGUCUGGCAGACUUACGUUAUCGAUAACCUGCAGAGCGCUCUGUCUUUGGACUCGCUCCGCAGCAGUCACCCCAUUGAGGUGCCUGUGAAGCGGGCCGACGAGAUCAACCAGAUCUUCGACGCUAUCUCCUACUCCAAGGGCUCGUCCGUCCUGCGCAUGAUCUCCAAGUACAUGGGCGAGGACGUGUUUUUGCAGGGUGUCCGCAACUACAUCAAGAAGCACGCUUACGGUAACACCCAGACGGGUGAUUUGUGGUCUGCUCUGGCCGAUGCUAGUGGCAAGCCCGUUGAGCAGGUCAUGGACAUCUGGACCAAGAAUGUGGGAUUCCCCGUCGUUACUGUCUCUGAGGAUGCAAAGACUUCGUCCAUCAAACUCAAGCAGAACCGCUUCCUGCGUACGGGCGAUGUCCGCCCUGAGGAGGACACCACACUCUAUCCAGUCAUCUUGGGUCUGCGGACCAAGCAGGGCCUCGAUGAAGACACCAUGCUCAGCGAGCGGGAAGGCGAGUUCAAGGUCCCUGAUCUCGACUUCUUCAAGCUCAACGCGGAUCACUCCGCCAUCUAUCGCACGUCCUACACUCCGGAACGCCUCACUAAGCUGGGACAAGCUGCCAAAAAUGGCCUGCUGACUGUUGAGGACCGUGCUGGUAUGAUCGCCGACGCGGGUGCGCUUGCUGCAUCUGGUUUCCAAAGCACUUCCGGGCUUCUGUCUCUCUUGAAGGGAUUCGACAGCGAGUCGGAGUUCGUCGUGUGGAACGAGAUCCUUACUCGCAUUGGUGCUCUUCGGGCCGCUUGGUUGUUCGAAGAUGCCUCCAGCAAGGAUGCCCUCAAGGCUUUCCAGCGUUCCCUGGUUAGCGAGAAGGCCCAUGAGCUCGGCUGGGAGUUCUCCGACAAGGAUGGACACAUCCUGCAGCAGUUCAAGGCUCUUAUGUUUGGUAGCGCCGGCUCGGCCGAGGAUCCUGUCGUCGUCAAGGCGGCUCACGAGAUGUUCGAGCGGUUUGCGGCCGGUGAUGCGAACGCCAUCCACCCUAACAUCCGUGGCAGCGUUUUCAGUAUCGUGCUGAAGAAGGGCGGCGAGAAGGAGUACAACAUCGUUUUGGACCGGUUCCGCAACGCUCCGACCUCCGAUGAGAAGACCACCGCCCUCCGCUGCCUUGGUGCGGCCGAGGACCCGGCUCUGAUCAAGCGCACCCUGGAACUGGCCAGCGGGGACGAGGUCAAGAACCAGGACAUCUACAUGCCCCUGAGUGGCCUGCGCAGCCACACCAACGGUAUCGAGGCCCGCUGGACCUGGUUGACGAAUAACUGGGAUUCCAUCUUCAAGCGCCUGCCCCCAUCUCUGGGUAUGCUGGGCACUGUCAUCCAGCUGAGCACGGCCAGCUUCUGCACGGAGGCGCAGCUGAAGGAGGUUGAGGCAUUCUUCAAGGCCAAGGACACCAAGGGUUUCGACCGUGCCGUCGAGCAGAGCCUGGAUGCCAUUCGUGCCAAGGUCAAUUGGGUCAAGCGCGACCGUGCUGAUGUGGGAUCCUGGUUGAAGACCAACGGCUACCUGCAGGGUGGUAAGCUGUGAGCAACACAUCUCCUUCGCAUCUCCGGAGUAGUGGCAACUCCUCGCGAUUGCGGAUUCGGACGCAGGACCCUGCCAGGGUUUUACACAUACGCCUUCAUCAGUUGUAGUAUAAUUCUUUCUUUUCUGGACAGAUAGUACAUUGAUUCGGUCUUCUUCAUUAAGGCCCUUCCAAAGAUACCAAAUAUAACAGCACUCUUCACUCCAACCUAUGCUUUCCAUGUCAUGACACCUUCUGCUACUUCUUCGACGUGCAUGCGUAAUCAAGACAGCGACCGCUGUACUGGGAUAGCCAUCGGGCAC